AAUUUCUCUCUUCUUCUUGGACACACACACGCACGCACGAGUGAGAGAUGUUUGCCGUGGAGAAUGGGUUGCAGGGAGACCCAAGAUUAAAGGUCAUCUCCGACGCCAUUCGAGUCAUCCCUCACUUCCCUAAAACUGGGAUCAUGUUUCAGGACAUAACAACUCUGCUGCUGGAUCCAGUCGCCUUCAAACAUGUCAUUGAUAUCUUCGUUGAUCGUUACAAGCACAUGCACAUCUCUCUCGUUGCUGGAGUUGAGGCGAGGGGAUUCAUAUUUGGACCUCCCAUCGCAUUAGCCAUAGGUGCCAAGUUCGUUCCACUACGCAAACCGGGAAAACUACCCGGGAGAGUAAUAAGCGAAGAGUACGAGCUAGAGUACGGAAGUGAUCGUCUAGAGAUAAGUGUGGAGGCUGUCAAAUACGAUGAACGAGCUCUCAUCAUCGACGAUUUAGUUGCCACUGGUGGCACACUCUCCGCUUCCAUUAACCUCUUGGAGCGCGCUGGGGCCGAAGUUGUAGAAUGUGCAUGCGUUGUUGGUGUGCCUAAGUUUAAGGAGGGGCAGUGUAAGCUGAAGGGAAAGCCGUUGUACGUUCUGGUGGAACCAAGCCAGUUUGAUGAGUUAGCCUUAUAAAGCCUUUUUCUUCUUCUAUAGGGUGGUGGUGGUGGUUAUGUAAUAUCAACGAUUAUGACAAAAAUGAUCUUGCAAGGGGGGAAAUAAUUGGUUAUACAUAUAUAUAUAUAUAUAUUCUACUACUGCAUCCAUGUGGCUCGCCUUAGUUCAAAGCUUUUUAUUGUAGUUUGGGUAUUGUCUAUUGUUGUAUUGGAGAAUGUGUUAAAAAUAAA